UGCUGGAGAGAUUUCUGUCAGACGCAGAUAGUUCCUCCAACUGAUCUAGUAUAAAUAUCGGAAAUUUGACAGCGAUGAUCAAAGCAAGAGACAAACCAAGAGAACAGACUCAACACUCCGUUAUCUCACCGCAGAACUAACUAUCUACACAAAGAUGAACGUCUUAGCCAUUUUCUCAACUCUCAUGGCCGUGGCUUUGGGCUUCCACACUGGGGGUCACUCUGGAGGUCACGGGGGUUUCAGUGACGUCAUCAAGCGACCUGUGGUCUCCCGGAGAGACGUGGCCGCCGUGACCCAGGAUGACCUGUAUGACGUCAUCAAGGAGGUUGUGGCACAGGCUCACGCAGGUACAACAUCCGAGGACCUGACACAGGCCGCGGUCAAGGUCAUAGCCCAGGUGGACAACCUGUUAGCCGCGGACAACUCUCCAGUUGACCCCAGUGACGUACGUAACCUCAUAGAGGUCAGCUCUGCACAAUUUGGUGCACAGACUGCAGUCUCAGCGAUUUUUGACGGUGAGUACGCUAUGUUUAUAAGAGGAUUUUCCCUUCAGUUUAGUGGUAGAUGGUGCACACAUUAUAUGUUAAUAUUAUAGGAUGACUACAGGGGA